GUAGUUGACUAUUUAAGUGCCUGCGAGGAUAACCAGUAAAGAGUCUAUGUGUUGAUUGCAAUGUGGAUAAAAGUACUCUUUCUUGUGGCUUUUGUGUGCCAUCAGGCACCAGCUGAAUUACUAAUUCCUGAAUUCAUAGAAAAUCUAAGAGAAGAGACACCACAAGGUCGUAUUGUAUCAGGAUGGGAGGCGCGUCUUGGCGAGCACCCUCAUCAGGUCUCCCUCAGGAUCACGGACUGGCUCGGCAGAUUGCUGGGCUGUGGUGGAUCUAUCAUUAAUGAGGAAUGGGUGCUCACCGCUGCUCAUUGCACCGCCCACUACCGUCUUGUCACAGUAUACGCUGGACUCACCUCCAUAUCUAACGCAGAGUACUUCAGUGAGACUUCAGAGUGGUACAACCAUCCAUCCUACAAUGCGCAACAACCAGGAAUCGUGCAGCAAAACGACAUUGCUUUGAUAAAACUACAGAUACCUGUGACAUACAGCGCUAAUUUGAAGAGGAUCCAGAUACAUUCAUCAUCAGAUGCGUUCAGGGACUAUGAUGGACUUCAAGUAUAUGCUAGCGGCUGGGGGAGAACGUGGACAGAAGGCUCAGUACCAACGGAGCUCCAGUGGGUCUAUCUCCGCGCUAUCAGCAAUACAGAAUGCAACCGUUUGUUCGGCAGUAUCAUUAAUGAGAACUCAAUCUGCGCGAGAUACUUCAACCUUACAUCGCAGUCAGUGUGCCAGGGAGACAGCGGUGGUCCUUUAGUUCAUCGCAAUGACCAAGACGUUCCUAUUCUAAUUGGUGUUACUUCCUUCGUGGCUGGAGCUUCAAGUGGUGGUUGCCACUCGGGACAUCCUGGUGGUUUCGUCCGACCAGGCCCAUUCCUGCCGUGGUUUGAAGAAAUAACUGGUGUGGAUUUCGAAAAUCUUGAUGAGCCAGAGCCUACUUCUACUACUACAACAACAACAACAACAACAACUACUACUACUACUACACCUGAACCUACAACACUGCCACCAAAUACAACAACUUCUGAAAUCACCACAACUACGACUACAACACCCGAAUACUCCACGACAACACCAACGCCUUCCCCACCAACACCAGAAGAAGAAGAAGAUGAUGAUGACAGUAGCGAAGAACUGUCUGAACUGCUCAAGAGACUGGAAGUUAAAGUAAAAGUUAAGGUCAGGUUAAGCAAAUACAAGACAAGGAACGGGACAGUGCAGGAAAAUGUCGAGGAACUGGAUUAAUUUAUAACUUAUUUAAUUAGUUUCAUGAUUUCACUAAAAAGAGUAACAAAUAAAAGAUUUAUAUGUA